CAUCUCCGUAAGGAUGUAAAGAUAAAUAUUACAGUGAUACAUUAAAAUAUAUAAUAAUACAUUCUCGCGAUGAUUUUUCGGAUAAAUCGCCGGACAACUCCGCGCGCUCGUAACGUCAAAUAUUUUUAUUUCCCCGCGGUGUUUGUGGUCAGUGGCGGGAAAUGAAGGAGCGUCAGGGUGUUUCGCCGCUCAGUUCAGGCAGGUUACCGUAGCGUUCGUUCCGCACGACCGUCCUCGUAACGUUCCGUCUCCGUCACGGUAGCGCGAAGCGGGAACAGCUGAUAGCUAAGGGCGUCUCGCCAGCCGAACCGGGCUCAAACGAAUAGCGAUAGAAAAGUCUCGCGCGCGCGUUUCGCUGGAACAUCCUUUCGGAGCAUUUCGGAGUGCGUUCACGCUAAAUCGCCGACGCGCGCCAAAUCUUGUUCGCCAUAAAGCGCACAAAUAAGCCAGCGAAUGCCAUUACUCCGAUACAUCGCGAGUGAUACGUCUUAAGGUGCUAAUUCAUGAGACGCUGAAAAGCAGCGUCGAGCGUCGUCACGUGACAUCACUUGACGCUAGCGUCAGAGAAAAGAAGUCGAAUGAUUUCAGCUUCAAGUGUCAAGGUAGCAGAAAAAACAGCGUCAACUGAUUAAAACGAAAGUGAAAGAAAUAUGAAAAAAAUAAAAAAUUUUCAUUAUUAAUUAUCAAAAGCGAUAUGUUAAUUACGAAAAUGAUAUUAUACACAAUAAUUCAGUUCUAAUGAGUGUGUUAAGAAAUAUACCAGUAAAUACUGUAACCUAACAUUCACGUGCUAAUGUGACGCUGAAAAGCAGCGUUGAACGUCGACGCUGGAAAUUCGACGCUGAAUUUAUUGGCGCACUAUUGGCGCGAUUUGAUCACAUGACCUGUUUUGACACUAAAAAUGAGCGUCGAGCGUCAACAUGAAAAAGCACCUUUAGAAUCAUUCGCCGUGCGGCGUCGCAUGCAACACGUUAGAAAUUAUAACCGUUGUCGCGAGUCGCCGGCAUUGUUGACAUGGCCGUAAGUUGGCAAUUAACGUUGUUACAAUUGGCAAUCAUUUAAGUCGUUAACCUUUCAUUGAGGAGACGCGUGUUACUGUGGAUUACAAAAUGGCCGCGUGUAAUGUAGGAAAGUAUUAAUUAAUAUCGUCAUUAAUUAACGCCCUGAGGAAUAUCAUUAUUUCAGGGAGCUAGAUCUCGCGAUCGCGAAAGAAGCGCCGUCAUGUCCUCGAGAAACGACCGAUGUCCGAUCAACAGGAGAAGAUCCUUAUCCGCGGUGACGUCGUCGCGGAAGACGCAGUCGUCGCGAGAGGGAAAGAAUCGCGCGGCAAAAUCGCAGUGCGGCCGCGAACGACGAAAGGAAAACGCGGGGACGACGCGCGACGACGACGAUCCGAUUUGCGUCUUGCGGAAAGAGAUACACGAUUGGCGAACGUCGGGACGCGUGAUAAGUGAUUUCGAACGGCCCGGCCAUCUCGGCGAGGAUGAAACGGAGGAGAGGCCUCUUCCUCAAGAAAAUCAUAAUGAGAGCAUCGAGAGGAAUUUACCGGAACCAAACACCUUCCACGGAUUGCCGAGUUCCAUCGCCAUCGAUCGAUCGACGCGGUGCACGUGAGUACAUUUUAAUUUCUGACCGUGUGCAUGAGACGCACACACACACACACACACACACUGCAGUAUUUCUGUUAUUUGACAUUUUACACGCGCUUACGUGAAAAUCCGUGGAAAUUUCGCGGAAACGGAUUAUUAUUCUAUAUUGUACAUCGAAGCGAUUAUGUGUGAUUUAUUGAGGAUACGGAUGAUCAUAUUUCCUCGUGAUGCAUUACGAUAAGCGACAGGAUAAUCGCGGAUAACUUGCUCGGUUGGGUAGCGAAAUGUUUUUUUUACCCUUUUUUUCAUCCUCGUCCAGAUAAACAUAACGUAAUAUCUGCGAUUUCGCAUAAUUCAUAAUUCAGCCGACCGUUUUAUUCUAUUUCCACCUCGCAGCAAUAUUUACGCGAGCGCUUUGUCCCGUCGAACCGACGCCGACGAGAUGUUGGAGCCGCUUGUCUGCUCGCUAUCGAGCGCAACUGUUUUCUUACCAUAAUAAUUUAUAACAAGUACCGGUUUUUGCGCGGUGCAAUUCCCCGACGCGCGGAUAAUGAUCACGCGAGUGAUUUCGUGUUAGUGUUUCAGCGGCGAGAAACGAACGAAGGUAAGUGAGCAACAACGUUUCCCCGGGUAAUGCAUGAGACACUCCCGCCUGGCGACUACGCGUUUUUGUUUUUUUCACGUGAACGUUUUCCAUGCGCGAUUUCAGCGUGAUCGAUUCAAUCAUCUCUCUCUCUCGCUUUCGAGCGCCUCGAGAAAAAGACGCGAGGGAAAAGAAAGAGGGCCGGUGCCUUUCGUUACGUAAGUAACAGUAAAUAUAAAGAACGAGAGAAGAGAGCACGCCUGUGCGUCUUCGCCCACCGUGCUCGCGCGCGCCGCCGCCACGGCCGAGGACUGCGUCAUUCUGGAAUUUUCGAAAGUUUCGUCCAACCGGUUUUCGACCGCGCGCACCGGGAGACCCGUUCCCGGCUCGCGGUCCCGAUGAUGCUCGCGCGGUGAGAUGCACACCGCGUACCGUUUGCUGGACGCUCGCGCGGAGAUUGUUCACUGCUCUCCCCGAUGAGAAUCGCGGACGGCCAAAUCUCCACAUCUUGUCGAUAGGCCACGAGUAGAGUUCCACGAUGAUUAACGUAAGAUAUUUACAUCGCGCUUUAUGUUAUUUAUAACAUUUAUAAAAUUAUUAUUAUCGUUAUUUAAAUAUGCUCGUCGUGUUUGCGAAAUUAAUCGCAUUCACGAGUACCAGGAACGCGCGCAGCGAGGACCGAGGAGGCGGUGACGCGACGACACGUGCGGGAAACGGACGCGCGAGUGUGCAGAUCGCGGGGCGUGCGAUCGAAUUGAAAUUCAACGAGGUGAGGAGGAGCGGCUUUGCCUCUCCACGGUCGAGGACGAAUUCGGCGAUCCCCGCGCUCGUCAUUCGUCGCACGGCCUGGCGCCGAAAAUAUUUCUACUACACGAGCACGCGAACCGCAUGCGUUUCGGCUCAUUAAGCGCGAACUGGCUAUUGUUCUCACUAACCUACAGCACUGCGCGGCUCAUUAUCAUUUUUCACUCGUAACGCCACUGUUAAAGGUCCAAUCGUCGAACCUUCUUUUUGUGUUUGUGUGUGUCUCUCUCCUUCUUCCUUUCAUGUGCGUCCCAUCCGGCAAAAAUAGACGAUUAGGUGUGACGAUUGGCUCCUUGGACUAAAUUGGAUUAUCCUUUUGGACGUCUCGAUUCAAGAGCAAUUUAGUAGUCGAUGCCCCUUACUAGAUUAGUCUCGCAAUCGUGAUCACUUGGAUGCUUUUAAAUCGUAUUUUUUAAUAUUUUUCUUUGAUGUAAAAAUAUGGAAACAGAAAUAUUGGGACUCUAAAGAAAUAAUU